AUGGCAAACCAUCUAAAUGAUCCCAUAACCACUUCCCUUAAACCGGAUUUAACCGAAAAAGAAGAAGUUGACGAAGAAAUGGCAACUGGCACGUGGCUCUCAGCAUCUGAGUUAGUGGUUUGUCUUGCAGCCAAACCGUGUAACCCGGAGGCUCCAAUGUUGUUAGACCGGAUGAUGCGCCAACUCACCAGCCACUCGAUUCUCAAAUGUUGGGGCAAAGCGACAUCGUUUUCAAGGCGUGGUGAGUACUAG